GCCGGAGGACUUUCCCCAGGAGUUACUUCCCACAAGAGAACCUGUUUCAACUUGUCCCUUCUAGUCGAACCAAGAGCUUUAAUGGGGACAGCAAGCUCAGCACUUUGCAGUACGACGAGUACAGGCCCAAAUGGUGGAACAAUUGUGAAAAAGGUCUGAAGGUCUUCAGCACCUCCCCUACGAAAGCUAGGAACUCCCUGCAGGCACCUGUGAACUGGAGGCUGGGAAAGCUGCUUGGAAGAGGAGCUUUCGGAGAAGUUUAUCUCUGCUACGACGCUGACACCGGCCGGGAGCUCUCGGUGAAGCAGGUGCCUUUCGACCCUGACAGUCAAGAGACAAGUAAAGAGGUGAAUGCCUUAGAAUGUGAGAUUCAGCUGCUGAAGACUCUCCGUCACGACAGGAUAGUGCAGUACUACGGGUGCCUGCGGGAUCCUGAAGAGAAGAAACUGUCUAUCUUUGUGGAAUAUAUGCCAGGGGGCUCAAUAAAGGACCAGCUCAAAGCUUACGGUGCUCUCACGGAGAAUGUCACACGGAAGUACACCAGGCAGAUCCUGCAGGGAGUCUUCUACUUACACAGCAAUAUGAUUGUCCACAGGGACAUUAAAGGUGCCAAUAUUUUGAGAGAUUCUGCUGGAAAUGUGAAACUUGGAGAUUUUGGGGCCAGCAAACGCAUCCAGACCAUCUGCAUGUCCGGGACUGGGAUUAAAUCUGUCACAGGAACACCAUACUGGAUGAGCCCAGAAGUUAUCAGUGGAGAGGGCUAUGGCAGGAAAGCUGAUGUGUGGAGCGUGGCCUGCACCGUGGUGGAGAUGCUAACGGAGAAGCCACCGUGGGCAGAGUUCGAAGCCAUGGCGGCAAUUUUUAAAAUUGCCACCCAGCCGACCAACCCCCAGCUCCCCGACGGCGUCUCGAACUCCUGCCGCAACUUCCUCAAGCAGAUCUUCGUGGAGGAGAAGAGGAGGCCGACGGCCGAGGACCUGCUGAGACACCCCUUCGUCAACUGCGGGCUCUGA